ACGAGUCAUACUUCUCCAGGCAGCUUUCAUUUCCAAGCAGCUUACCGAAAAGAUUUCAUCAGACAAAAACAGAAUGACGAAGUUUCAAGGGUGUAUGAUAGGUGUUCUCUUGCUAGUUCAGCAGCGGUAACAAUAUUAGGGGAGGAAACACAGUAUUUUUCUACCGAUGAACCACUCUUACUGGAAUGCAAAUUGACCGAUUUGACCGUAAAAAUAGAUUUUCGAUUCAAUUCGGAAACAAUAGUAACUUGUAAACCAAAUUUUGGUUGCAGCAUACUCGAUUCAGUUUUUUAUGUAACAGAAACAAAAUCAAAUGCAUUAACAAGUUAUAUUCUACAAACUGUAAAUAACUUCACUGCAACCCAGGGUGGAGUUUACCAAUGUACAGACAUCGAAAGCAGCAGCAGCGACACAGUCACUGUGUCAUACAAAAAAUUUGAAUUUGACACCUACGAUGUUUAUGAACAAGAUCAGUUCUUGAGCAUUUCAACAACGUGCGUGUUCCCCGCAAUGCAAGAGUACAUGGACAUUUCGUGGUACACGUAUGAAAAUGAUUCCCUACAACAACUUCCACUUGUAACAGAUGAAUAUUUCAUAAAACCUGUGAAUAGCACUUACGACUGUCCAAACGCAACUUGCAUUUGUUACCAGGCAAAAAAAUAUUCGUACGGUUUGGAGUUUACCAGACAAACGGGGCAGUAUGUUUACUCUGUUGUCGAAAUACACAUCGUCCAUUCGUUGUUCGAGGACGAACCGCUAAUAUGGAAAUCUUCAAAAACAUAUCCAGUGAAAGUGUUGGCGGAAUCAGCAUCAGACGAACCAGGACGUUUUAAGAAGAAUAUAGUUUGUGCUUUCAUUGGCUGCGUUGCUGCUGUAUUAAUUAUCGGAUUAGUUCUGUUUAUAAGAUCAGAGGAGAAGAAGCAGGAGAAAAGAACAGUUGUCUCUAGACUUCCAUUGUUUUCUUCGUUUAACGACAACGAGAAGAGAUCAAUUGCUGAUGCUAUGGAUUUCAAACAUAUGGUGCGAAAUGCAACAACAUCUGUUGACAUGCUGUGCAAGCUCCAUGUGAUAACUAAUGGUGAACUUUAUGUGACUGAGCGAGGGAAAACAUUCGGAAACAGCUGUGCCGUCGUGAAUGCCUUUAAACUUUCCAUGAGACCUACUUCGGACGUUACCAAGGUCUUACCUAUAUUGAGGGAAGAAACGAGAAGAAAGUAUAACAUCCAUAUGCUUCCCACGAACACAAAUUUCUCGGCUACUGAUGAAAUCAAGCUCCUUGUUAUGGGACUAGAACAGUAUAACAACAUUCUGAUGAGUAAUAAGAAUUGGAAGUCUAUAUUAAAUGGUGAAGACCCACCCGCAGCUACGAAAGAGCGAGAAACAAGUGAUCCAGCGCUUACGAGAGCAAAAGGGCCACCCGAAAGCAUACCGCCAAAUGAUGAAAAUGAUUUGAUAAUCAUUGAGAUCCAAGGGCAGGCAGAUAAUGUCACACCAAUCGAACUUGUUAAUAAGGCUAACGACGCUGAAUUCAGUAUUUCAAAUGAGACGGAAGGAGUGAAACCGAAAAAGGGUAACACAGACCGCAAAAGGGGGAACAGGAAAAGGGAAAGGAGGAGUGGUCGACAGAAAGGGGAUAACAAAGACACUGAAUCAAAGCCACGACCAAUAGGCGAUUCUGGACGAGGAGUCAAUAAAGAAUCCAUGGCUAACCCUACAAAGAGCCAGGAGACAGAAACCCCUACCAAGACCAAGGCGACAGGAAAUCCUAGUAAGAGCCAUGAGACAGAAAAACCUUCUAAAAGUAAAAAAACAGGAAGCCCUUGUAUUAGCCUAGAAACAGGAAACCUUACUAACAGCCAGGAGACAGGAAGCAUUCUCACGAGCCAUGAGACAGUAAACCCUACCACGAGCCAGGACAACGGAAACAUUGGCAAGAGUCUAAAGACAGAAAGCCCUACAAGGAGCAAGAAGACAAGAAACCCUACCAAAUACAAUAAUACAGAAAACUCUUCCAAGAUCCAGGAGAUAGAAAAUCCUACCAAGGGUCAGGAUACAGGAAAUCCUAUCAAGAGCCUGAACGGAGGAAACCAAGAGCCAGGGGACAGUAUAUCCUCCCAAGAACCAGGAUACAGGACAUCCUGCGAGGAGCCAGGAGACAGGAACCCCUAUCAAGGGCCAGGAGACUGGAAAUCCUGCUUAGAGCCAGGCUACAGGAAACACUUCACAGAGUCAGCAGACAGCCAACCCUACCCAGAGCCAGGAGACAGGACAUCCUACGAGGAUUCAGUAAACUGGAGACCCUUCCAAGAGCCGGAAGACAGAAAACCCUACAUAAAGCCAGAUGACGGCACACUCUGCCAAGAGCAAGAAGACGGGAAAGCCUACCAAGUGAAAAAGUGAUUUUAGUUAUAACUGAUGAAACUGAAUACUUUGAUGAUUUUGUUAGGUAGUAUUAGGCUUUUUUCACGGUAUUAUCUUUUGUGACGAAACUUUUUAAAGCAUUUUUAAGACAUUACUCCAAAUACUUGCUAAACGUAGCUUUUAUUAUAAACAAAUUAUGAUUAGAGAGUUGCGAAAGACUAUUUGUACGGGAACAUCUUUGAUUGUACUUCUGUUUGUGCAUUACAUCAUUUAAGUGUGUAGAAAGUGUAUAAAUUAAAUAGGCGAUGCACAAGGAACCAGGAAAGUGAUCUAUGCAAAAAUGAGUGAGUCUACAAAUUAUAAUUUCUGAAAUAUUUUUCUAACUUAUCUGCAAAGGCUACAUGUAUAUGUAUACACAAGUAAAGGUUCACGUACACGUUGUUUUUCGCAUCAAAAUGUGUUGAUUCUUUUUCAAGGACAUAUGAUUAAGUGAUAUGUAUAUAUAAUUUUAGAACGAAAGACUAGCAAGGUAUGUUGCUCCUACUUCUCACAAAUGAUACUUUUAAGAAUAAUAUUUGUACCAAACGUAGACUGCUUAGAUACCAAAUUACUCUAUGUAAUGCCAACAUCAAUGUAGCGCCUAAAUGUAAGUAUUUUUGCUAUUUUUUGCUAGAAGUUGUGUUUUUUGUAAAGCUGUUAUCUUAUUGCUAAGGCCAAAUAAAAAAUAGGUGCGUUUCAGGUAACGCUGCCAAAAAAAAUAGGGUAGGUAGGUCGGAAUAUUUUAUUUUUUUUUAUAUUUUUUUUUUGAUAUAUUGAUUUCAGUAACUGUUGACUCAGAAAGUAACAAUAAUAAGUCAUCAAUUUUCAGGUUUAUCAGUAGUUUUUAAACAUGUUCCAUGCUUCAAAGGAAACAUUCUUUAUUUGUCUGGUUAAAUACUUUGACAAUGAUGGUUGGAUUUCAACUAAGUUAUGGUACACCACUCUGCUAUUAUUUAAGACUUUCCAGGAACGGUUUUACUUUUCUUUAUGCACCCUUUUGCUUUCAAUCACCCUCUGUAGAAUGCUAACCUCCCUGUAAAAUAAUUACAUGAAGAGUGGGACAGAAAAUUUACCAUAUAAGCCAUCAUCCAAGGAAACCUAAAUGCUGUCAAGAGGACCUGGGGGUUCAGGUUUGAAGAACAAGUAACAGGUUUUACUGCCAAAAUUGCACACUUAAGUCUGACAUAUCAAUCCGAAAGCAGUAUCUGACACAUUUGUUUCUGACAAGAAAAUAUAGUUCAAGAAUUGAAAUAUACCUGCCACAGAAGCACAAACUACCUGUAAUUCACCUAAGAGUUUGGACAAUCUAAAAAUUCGGACAUCCAUUAUUAUUUUCAAAAAUAAUCUAUUUUAGGUACCUAAUUUUCUGACACCCAAAGGACAUCGAUUGUAACUUUUACAGUUACUAGGUCUCACAGACAAUAUUGGUCUUAAUUGGGAUCAUUAAUUCAUUAAUCAAGAUUCAUGUAGCGUAUCAGAUUACGAGGUAUAAAUAACACACCAAUACAGUGAAUGAAAUCAAUGAUGUGUGACCAUAAGAUUGACUUAAGUUGCAUAUUGAAUACCACUCCAGGCUAAAUUACCUAACCGUAUACAUAUCUGUGAUAAGUUUGUUAGUUACUACCCAUCCUAAACGAUUUAUUGCCUGUUGAAUAUAUGAAGGAAGUGUGAUAUAUUUAAUGGAGUAUUAAAGAACCAACAGGGGCAACUAAGAGAUUAAGAAAACACAGACAUGACAUGUUUGUAAAACGAUCUGCAAAUAAACUUUGAAACUUG